GUCACGGCGCCGGGAGCCGGGCGGGGCCGCUGUCACACCGAGCCGCCCCCGGGGCGGGAGCCGGGGCGCUCCCCGCAGCGAUGCUUCGCUCUAGUUGCUCCUAGUUGCUGGAGUAAAAGAAACCUCUAUCCUCCCCAUGCUAAUGGUUGACAUGGAAAACAAGGAAAAUGGCUCUCUGGAUGUCAAAAAUUCAGUAGAGAACGGGAGACCUCCGGAUCCUGCUGACUGGGCUGUUAUUGAUGUUGUGAAUUACUUCAGAACAGCUGGAUUUGAAGAACAAGCCAAUGCUUUUCAAGAACAGGAAAUUGAUGGCAAAUCAUUACUGUUGAUGACAAGAAAUGAUGUACUGACUGGACUGUCAUUAAAACUGGGGCCUGCGCUGAAAAUCUAUGAAUAUCACGUAAAACCUCUACAGACACAACAUCUAAAGAACAACUCUUUAUAGCGAACUGUCUGAUUGGGGCCCUGUUGUGCCUCAAACAAUAAAUAAGCAAUUUGGUUUCAUGUGAUGGAACUUUGUAAAGAGAGAAUAUAUCUAUUAAGAAUUUAAACCAAAUGACAAUAUAUAUCCUAUUGGAUAGAGUUGGCAGUAUACUGAGCCUGAACUGAGAGAGGCGGGGUGUAUUUUUUACAUAGUACAUAAUGAUUUUCUCUUUUAGGAAUUGUCAGUGGGCAUGUUGAGAUCACUGUAUCCAGAACAAAGGGGAGGUAUGUCAUUCUCAUUUUCAAGCCAGACAUAUUCUUAGUGUCAUGAAUUAAAAUACCAAAACCCCCCCCGAAUAAAGUUUACAGAGAGAAAUCAAUUAAAGUAGGUUUUCGUUUACAUUAAAGGCCUACUAAAAUUCUUACUACUUAUAAUUUUAGGAUGGGACUGACGCUUGCCAACUCACCCUUUUUUGCAGAGGGUCCUAUUUUGACCUUAUUAAGGUUUACUUGUGGUAUGCUGCAAUGUUUAAAGCUGUACAUACAACUACCAUAACCCCUUCGAUAACAGAAGGCAUUGCCAACAGGUGAAACUGGGUUGUGUAUUUUUUGCUGUCCUUUAAACUUUCAGCUUGUUUUCACCUGGUUUUAAUAGUUCUCUGUAAAGUAUAGUUGGUUUUUAAACAUCUGUGUUGCUUUGCAAAACAAAACAAGCUUCAUUUUAUUCCUUUUUUAAUUUAUGAUAACUUGUUUUCUAACGUUAUGCAGAAAUUUGUAAAAAGAGUAAAACUCUGCACAUUUUUAAUAUUGUCUGUUAUUGCUGUUGUAGUGGUUGAUUUUCUUUUUAAAUGCUUUACUUAACGGUUUGAACUCUUGUUUUAAAAACUGAAAGAAGCUGUCUCGUCACCAUACAUCUCUGUUAAAAGAGAGUCUUGUUCAAUCUCUUUGUACCAGUUCCCUAUUUGAUAGGUUGCUUGCUGUAUCCCAAUAAAGCAUUGCUUAUGUUUUGAUUCAGUUUACUUUACAGAUCUUUUCCUUUCUCUGUUUCUUUGUCGUGGUGUAUUGGAGCUCUCGUUUCUCUCCCUUUUCCCAAUUAAAAAGGUACCAAAACCUACUUAAUAUUCUAUGCGAUUGCUUUUAACCCCACCUGCUGAGAUAUUUAAAGACUUAAUUGUCUUUGUUUUUUCUUAUCUAGUGUUACAUUCUGCAGAAGGAGAAGCCCUGGUCACAGUUCACCAAUAACAUCUGUGCUUCUGUUAUCCCU